AUUUUUUAUUACUCUUCAAACAUAUUUAUUUAUAUUUGCAAGAGAGCCACAAUUUCUCUCGUUGCCAAAAGUAUACUUUGAAAGCCACUGGCUUAUACAACAGCAAUAUAUAAAUAAUUAAGCAAAAAGUGGGUGUGCUGCUCUGUCUGCUCUCCUUUUCAGACACAUUUGCUUUAACACUUUGUGCAACGGCAGAUCAGCAGUUGGAACUCGUUGAAAAGAGACAGCAAUACACACAAAAUGUUUUCAAGAUAUGGCCUAGUCGCAUUAGUGGUGGUUGGGUGUGUUCGUUGCGAUCGUAUCGAAUUCCGAUUCAGUUACAAAGCAGACAAACGCAACAACCAGCUAAUAUGUGCGCAACAAAAAUCAUGAAAAAAAACAAAAAUGAAAAUUAAAUUGAAAAUUGCAGUGAGCAACUAAAACAAUAUCCCUACCGCCACCACGGCCAUCAUCUGCAACAGCCACUGUCGCCAUGUGAGCGGUUGAGUGGUGGCGCAAACAUCAACGGCAACCAGUGCUAGCAGUGCACAAACAACAAACGCACGGGGAGCGCCGAGCGCACUCAUUAGUUGCGGAGCAGCACAGUGUAGCUAGCGGAUGUGUGAUACUCGCACCAGUUGUGGGAUACAGACAACCAGCAGAUACAUUUGACGAAUUCAGUUUUUCGUACUCCGUGUUGGCGUGUGGUUCGUUUGUCGUGUGUUAUAACGUUUCAGCGUUACGGACGUUUCGUUUGCAUACAAUUGUUCAGAGGAUAUGAUAUAUGCGCGUGAGAUAUCCAUACACCGUCGGUGGCAUAUAAAAAACGGAAGUAAACAAAUUGCGAAUUGUCGUUUAGUGUUCAGAUAUUAAAAGAAAAAAAAUUAUAAAAAAAGGAUUGAAAACAAGAAAAAAAUUACAAAAAAGGAUAUGCCAAACGGUAGACGCGUCAAAACGGCGCAACGAAGACACUGAAACUUUUUUAUUUCAAGCGAUCUACGAAUAUUUACUAUAGUUAUAUGCUGUUGUUGUUUGGUCACUAUUUUGUAGUUUUUUGGCUCUUACUGUUGCGCGUCUCGCAGCUUUUUCGCGCGAUCUGAGUCCAAUUCACUCUUCUUCUUGCUGCUGCACUGCUGUUUACGCUUUUCAUCAGCAGCAAUCUGUGACGUCUAGCACUGUUAUUGUCGAAAUUGCUAAACGUUUUCUGCGCUGCAAUUAAUUAAAUGUAUCUUAAAAUAUGCUACAAGUGUGUGGCGCGAAUCGAAUAAAUUUGCGGGAAUAAAGGAAUGUUGGCUGCUUUUGUUUUAUAUUCGGCAGCUACAGCGACAAUUGUUCUAUUUCUUUUUGUUUUGUAAUUUACUACUUGUUGGCAUUGGAAAACACGUGCUGUGACUAAUGCUGAAAAUAUCUAAAUUGACCGAAUCACGUUGCUAGUGCAAAAAUAAGUGUAAAGUAAAUCUGGCAAAAUAAAAGUGACAAAAGCAAAUACUAUAUACAUGGACUGUUCGUUAAAAAAUUAUAAAAAGAAAACUGGAAAAAGUGCAAUUUUGUUUCGGCACUAGGCGCGUUUGUAAAAUCUGAAAAUUAUAAGUAGUAAAAAAGGAACUUAAACGGAUUAAAUUCAUAUUAGAAAAGGAAAAGGUUUUCCAAUAACUAAAGCAAUGCGUCGCUUGCUCCAUUAACUCUUGUAAACAGUUUUUUUUUGUUAUCGAAAACUAAAAAAAGUCUGAUUAAAGGAAAUAAAAACAACAACAAAAUGCUACAACAUACCGCCACAGAUUUCUACGACUUGGCUGCCGCCAAUGCUGCCGUAUUGAGUGCGCGUCAAACGCCACCAUACAGUCCGACGGGUUUGAUCAGCGUAGGAGCAGGUCUUAGCAAUAACAAUAACAACAAUUCAAGCAAUAAUAAUUUAGACAUGUUGGGACACAAUGGCAGUAUUAUUGGACCUAUCAGCGGUGGUGGUGGCGGUGGUCAUAUCAGCAAUACGAAUGGUGGCAGUAAUGGGCGUGAAACGUUGCCCAGUUUUGGCUUCACGCAGGAACAAGUGGCUUGCGUGUGUGAGGUACUCCAACAAGCUGGUAACAUCGAAAGACUGGGCCGCUUCCUAUGGUCCUUACCGCAAUGUGAUAAACUGCAAUUGAACGAGUCUGUGCUGAAAGCGAAGGCCGUUGUUGCAUUCCAUCGUGGACAGUAUAAGGAGUUAUAUCGUCUGCUCGAGCAUCAUCAAUUCUCACCACAUAAUCAUGCUAAAUUGCAGGCGCUAUGGUUGAAAGCGCAUUAUGUGGAAGCCGAGAAACUGCGCGGAAGACCUUUAGGUGCUGUUGGUAAAUAUCGCGUACGUCGCAAAUUUCCACUGCCACGCACAAUUUGGGAUGGCGAAGAGACGAGUUACUGCUUCAAGGAGAAAUCUCGAUCUGUAUUAAGAGACUGGUAUGCCCACAACCCAUAUCCUUCCCCGCGUGAGAAACGUGAACUAGCAGAAGCUACAGGACUGACAACUACACAGGUUUCAAAUUGGUUUAAAAACCGCAGACAACGGGAUCGUGCUGCUGAACACAAAGACGGCGCAUCGGACAAACAACAUUUGGAUUCGUCCAGUGAUUCCGAGAUGGAGGGUUCUCUACUGCAACAAACGCAUAAUGUAGCCAAUAACAAUCAUCAUCACCAGCAACAGCAAGUGCAUCAGCAUCAAUCGCCACAUCAUCAACAACACCCCACCGCGCAUACGCAAUCACAGCAACAGCAAGCACAACAGUUAUCACCAACUACGACACACAACAAUCACAAUCACCAUCAUCAUCAUCAUCACC